UAUGGACUGUAAAGACAUGCAGAAGGAGGCACUGAACAGGCGCAAUGCCUGGGAGCCCACGGUCUUCUAUUCGCUUGGCAACGAGACCUUUUUCUUCACCGGGCAGGAGAUCAACAUCCGAGAGUCACUCGACUCUUUUGGCGCCGUCAUCUGGCCAGGCGCUGUGGCUCUCUGUCAGUAUUUGGAAAAGAACCGGGAACAGGUUGAUCUGCUGGAUAAAGCAGUGCUGGAACUUGGAGCGGGAACAGGACUGGUGUCCAUAGUGGCAAGUUUACUGGGUGCCUGGGUCACGGCCACAGAUCUGCCCGAUGUCCUGUCAAAUCUGAACUUUAACCUCUCACGCAACACACGGGGUCGUUGCAGAUACACACCUCAGGUGGCGGCUCUGGUUUGGGGUCAGGAUGUGAAACGUGACUUCCCCAGCUCCAUCUACAAUUAUGACUAUGUGUUCUGUGCAGACGUGGUCUAUCAUCACAACUUUCUAGAGGAUCUACUAAUCACCAUGCAGUACUUCUGUAAGCCAGGAACCACCCUUUUGUGGGCAAAUAAGAUGCGAUUUCAAUCUGACCUGCGUUUCAUUGAAAACUUUAAAAACGGUUUUAACGUCACAUUGCUGGAAGAGAUCCCACAAGAGGAGGUAAGGAUCUACCAGGCCACUGCAAGGACAUCAGCCCAAAUGAGGGAGGAGAAGAGGGAGAACCAACAACAUGAUGUGUAGCAAGAAUUGCAAAUAGGAGAUUCAUACAUUAAAUGAGUCCAGCAGCCCCAACAUUGAAGGGAAGGUGCUCCACCUGUUGGUCAUCUGCAAAGUUGCAUGGAAUGAUUUCCAAGUGCUACUAUUCCUGAUAAUAAUGGAAAAAAAACAUGUCAAAAAAGAGUGAUACUUAAUGUAUGAUUUUUUUUUUAUUAAGU